AUGAGAAUCCUCAUUUGUUUAUUCGCUUUGGUGGCUCUGGCCUCUGCAACCCUUAGCGGAGGAUACAGUGCAGGAGUCGGUUUCGGUGUAGGAAUCGGUGCAGGCGUCAGCGUCGGUGGAGGAUACGGCGGCGGAUACGAUGGGUACAGAGGAGGAUACAGGGAUUACGACAGAUACCGGUAUAAUGGAUACGACGACUAUGACGGAUAUGGUGGUGGAUACGGUUAUGGUAACCGGUAUGGUCGUAGAUACGGAUACGGUAACCGAUACGGAUAUAACGGAUACGGAGGUGGAUAUGGCGGCGGAGUUAAGGUAGUCAAAGUCAUUAAGCCAUCGUACGGAUACCAAGGUGGAUAUAGUGGCGGUUACGGCGGUGGUUACGGUGGCGGUUAUGGUGGUAGUUACGGUGGCAGUUACGGAGGUGGUUACGGAGGAGGUUACGGCUACGGGGGUGGAUACAGCAGCAGUAAUUGGUGA